AACCCCAGGAAAAGGAGACUCAGGACAAGGUGAUAUGGCGUCAAAGAUGAUGGAUUAUCUACCAAAUGCAGUGGCUUUUAUAUUUGUUGUAAGCGUUGAUUCAGCAGGUGGAUUUCAAGGGGAUAGGCUUUCACAUAUUAUUAAGCAUGUGAGGCAAUCGAUGAGUCGAAUGUACUGUUUCGAUCCUCAAGAUGCAAUUUUUCUGCUCAACAAGUGGGAUACAGUAAUUCAAAAGAAAAAUCGAAAGAAGGACCUUUACGAAGAACUCAGAGAUACAGUUCAUGAGAUAUGGGAGGAUGUGAAAGAUACUAAUAUUCUGAAAUUCACCGCUGCUAAGGUUAAUGAAGAAGAGGCCUACACUGCGGAAUUUGAAUCAUUUUAUGAGAUUCUCAAAAAAGUCAUAACCAAAAAUGAAUUCAAAAGAGUAACAGUUCACUUGAGAUUUAUAGAAUCCUUUGUUGAUGUCUGUGAUAUAAGUCUUUCUAGUAAGCUUAAAUGUGCAAGACAAUAUACAGAUGAUACAAUAAAGGACCUGGAUCAGCUUUGUAGAGAUCUACAAGUAAUCCAGACUAAAAGAACAGAGGCAUACUCAAAUCUCCAUAACAGAAUUGAAACUUUUCUGAAUGAAACUGCAGAGGAUCUUUAACGGUAUAUUCAAAGUAAAGACUUAGAAACCAUUGUUCUACAAGGAACGGAGAAAUAUACGCGCUUUACGAUUGGUCAAGAACUGGACUCUCGAAUAGAAAAGGCGACUCUUUCUUGGCAAGAAGAAAAUAUUGGAAAGUUGUUUGAAAGAAAAAUUUUACAAAGCCUCACAGAUAACUUUAUCAAACUUCACGAACAUUUGCAUGAGAUAAAAUACAAAAUGACAGGAAUAAAAACCCCCUUUGAUGUCGAAAACAAACUUAGACCGGUCCUUGUUGCAUUGUUUGCACCUAGCAGUACAGCUGUAGCUGG